GUGGCUUUUUUGUUUUGCGACUGGACUACCAAACUUGUGGUUCACUGCAGCAUUUUGCGUCUUUUCUCUCCGCUGCAGAUGAUACGGAAAACCAUCAUAGCGGUACCCCACCACUGCAAUUUUUGGGCAAAGAUAAGAGUGGCGUCGUCUUGCAGUUAAGGCUACUAUGGCAGCGUAGGGGGCAUCUUCUGGACGGGAGAUUUCCUUGCUUAGCCUUUCUGCGAUGCCUUAUUAUUAGCAGAAUACGCCGAGUGGAUUCGAGACCCAGUGUCACCCCGCGGUUCCCCCGUUUCGAAGCUGCUGUUUACCCAUUGGAAAUCACUCGGAAAAAAAGCAGCGGAUCCCGAUGGCAUGGACACUUAUGCAAGGUCUGCCGCGCUGCCGUGCUACUGGAGCCUACUUGCCGUCUCUUCAUCCAACCCAGCUCCAUCGCCAUCGCCCCGCAGCCGAGAGAGCCCUGCCGCAACGCGACCAGCGACCACCGAGCCAAAGCAGGCGGCAUGAGGCUUGAUUCAGUACAUUUAUCCAUGCUGGUCAUCGGGGUCUCAUUCGCCUGCUACUCCCCGAGUUUGAAUUCCCUGCAGGACCAGGCUUACAAAUCCGCCGUGGUGAUCGAGGGCAAGGUGCAGUCUACGCCUGUGAACGUCUCUGCGGAGCCGUACCGUGUGAAUGUCAAAGUGCUGGAGGUUUGGCCCCUGAACAGCGGGGGUCUGGAGCGAGAACAGCUCGUCACCGUGGGGGAAUUCGGAUCUGAGGCUCCGUGCACCAAAGUGAAGAAGAACCACAAGUACAUUUUUUUCAUGGACCCCACUGACGAGCCCUUGGUUUUCAAGGCAUCGUUUGCGCCUCUUGACACGAGUGGAAAGAACCUAAAAAAGGAUGUUGGGAAGAUCUUGUGUGAGGACUGCGCUGUGGCUCCAAAGUUAAAACCGAUGAAGAAUCCAAUAAUAGUGGGCGAGGGAAGCAAGCUCACAGUCAAGUGUGAGGCCACGGGAAACCCUACCUACAGAUGGUUCAAAGAUGGGCUCGAGUUGAAGAAGAGCAGCAAAAUCAAAAUAAGGAACAACCAGAAAAACUCCAGAGUCCAGAUCAGCAAAGCAAAACUGGAGGAUUCUGGGAAUUACACAUGUGUGGUGGAGAACCCGCUGGGAAAGGACAACUCCACUGGCACUGUAAACGUCCAAAGCAUAACCACAACGCCAUCUCCAGGCUCAGGCCACGCCAGAAGAUGCAACGACACAGAGAAGACCUACUGUGUGAAUGGCGGCGACUGUUACUUCAUCCAUGGUAUAAAUCAGCUUUCCUGCAAGUGUCCAAAUGACUUUACUGGUGAUCGCUGUCAAACCUACGUUAUGGCCAGUUUCUACCAGCAUCUUGGGAUUGAAUUUAUGGAGGCAGAGGAACUCUACCAGAAAAGAGUCCUGACAAUCACGGGUAUUUGCGUGGCUCUGUUGGUGGUGGGCAUCGUGUGUGUCGUUGCCUACUGUAAAACCAAGAAACAAAGAAAGAAGAUGCACAAUCAUCUGCGACAAAACAUGUGUCCAGAACAUCCCAAUCGUAACCUGGCUAACGGACCCAAUCACCCAGGACCCGGCCCGGAGGAAAUCCCCAUGGUAGAUUACAUAUCAAAGAAUGUCCCAGCAACAGAACGAGUCAUACGGCCUGCGACAGAGGGAUCGUUCCCUGCCAGUCACGCCUCUUCCAGAUCUCACAACUCUUCCACACGAGCCCACUCAUCAACUCACAGACACGAGGAGCGGACAUGGAGCCUGGAACACUCUGACAGCAUCCUCUCCGACUCGCCGGGAAUGAUGUCGUCAUCCGUGGGGACCAGUAAAUGCAGCAGCCCCGCGUGCAUGGAGGCACGAGCACGGCGCGCCGCACACUGUGGUUACUCCGACCCCCACCGGCCGGGGCUGCAGUACGGGGACUCCUUCGACUCGCUGGGAGACUCUCCGCACAGCGACAGAUACGUGUCAGCCCUGACAACACCAGCCCGCCUCUCCCCAGUGGAUUUCCAUUAUUCAUUGCCCCCGCAGGUGCCUACCUUCCAGAUCACGUCCCCCAAUGCCAGCCAUGCCAUGUCCCUCCCUCCUGCUGUCCACAACCCCUACCCUCUGGAGGAUGACCAGCCUCUGCUGCGCCGGUACCAGGUGCCCCUACACGACGCCCAGUGCCAGGAGCCCUACCGGCAGCAGCGUCGCACUUAUCUAAAUGACAGCAGGGGCAGCCUGCCCUCCAGCCCCUACCGGCUGGCUGAGGACGAAGACUAUGAGACCACCCAGGAGUAUCUCUCCUCUCGGGAGCAACCAAAGAGAAGUGGGUCCAGUGGAAUGGGCAGCCGGCGCUGGCGCAGAUCCAGACUGAACGGCCACGUGGCCCCGCGCGGAUACGAGGCAUCUCGGGACUAUGGGUCUCGAAGCUGCCUAACGGAUAGUGAGUCCGAGGAGGACGGGGAGAGCACGCCCUUCCUCAGUAUGCAGAACAUGAACGCCGAGCCCUCCACCAUCUACAGGCCGGUGGACAGUCGGACUUCUCACUCGUCAGGGCGGCACAGCGGGCAUGGGAACAUGCAUACGAGACUCACACACUCACGCUCCAAACCGGACAAUACACCCCAUUAAAGAGUGAUACUGAACCAACAAAAAUCAAUAUAGUAUAGACCUGCAUCUAUAAGAAAUAUUUUUAUUUUAUAUAACUGACAGAUAUUCUAAACAAAUGAAAUAUUUAUUUUCAUUUUAGCAAAAGUUGUCUACUAGUUAACAGCAAAGACUUUUUUAUAGGGAAAACUCUAUUUAUAUGUACAUUUUGAUUUACAGCAUAAAAAGAUGUGCCAGUUUUUUCACAACGUAAAAAAAUAGAGUAAUAUUGUGGUGCCUUUUGCUGUAUGCCGAUGCCAGAGGGCCAGUGGAGGUUUUUGUAGCCUUUCUUAUAUGGACGCCUCAUUUUUUUAUACACAUUUAUGUUUGUUUUUCCUCUCUGGUUUCUUGUUUCACUUUCUUUCCAAAUUGCAUUCUUUAAGAAGUCUAGCCCCACUGGAGCAUAACCCCUUUCAUAUCACGCAAUAUAAACCAAUUCAACAUAAAGUGUAUGUUUACAUUGAUAUGAUUCGCCUUUUAGAGCUUUUGAUUUCGGAUCCUGAUAAAUACAGUGUAGAUCACUUUUGCCCUCUGACUAAUGUCUACAGAGAGAGAGAGAGAGAGACAGAGAGAGAGAGCGAGAAAGAGAGAGAGAGAGAGUGUGUGUGCGCGCGCGUGCAUGCCAGCUUGCUUGCAUGCGUUUGUGAUUGUUAGAUGAAUUUCAUUGUUUGUUGUGGUAACACCGAGCGUGUGGGUCUGCUGGCGUCUCCGGGGAGCUGAGAGUGGAGAGUCCCAGAGGUUCACAGAGUAGCGCCUCGUCAGAACGGCUGACCUCCGGUGUAGGUGGAUAGGUAAAGGCUACUGUCGGGUCACAUGUUGCGCAGGCCAUUGCUUGAUGUGUUUACAGCUAUUCUGCCCCCUUUUCCAGCCUCGCCCCAGCUAUGCCCUUUCUUUUUUAUUUCUCAGCAGUUGUUUUCUUUUUUCUUUUUUUCUUUUUCUUUUUUUUUUUUUUCCUCCUGUUAGCCUGGUGUGAGGCCAGCGAGCACUGAGCCACUUGGGCGCAGGGUGACCCCUGCCUUCACAGGCAGACGCAAAAACAACAACAACAAAAAAAAAAAGAAGAUUGCAUCUGCUUUCACUCAAAUCCGCCCCCCGUCUCCCACGCCUCAUCAUCUUUCUGUGUCCUAUCUGUUUUUGUGGCGGGUGUUAAAAGGCCACACAGUGUCUCAGGAUUUCCACAUGCUCCCCCCCCCCACUUCCACCUUAAACCCUGUUCACCCUCUUCCUCAACUUAAGGUCUACCUAAGACUAAGGUUCUCACCUGCUGAGUACCUCGAUGUAAACAUACAGUCUACCAGUCCCCUGCAUACUCCUCUACAGAGAAAAAGGAAAGCCAGGUGGAAGCAGCUCCGUGGAGAACAGGACUAGACGAAACUAAUAUAAAUGAACUAGCUGUGAAACUUUGGAGGAUCAUACAAUGCAAAAAUAUGCAAACUUUCUAUUUUGCUGUUUGAUUACAUCAUUUUCUAAGAGGUGACUAGUGUGUUGUGUGUGAAAAAAAAAAACUAUGUGAUGCCUAUAGUGUAGAAUGAAAUAACAUGAUACAAAAUGCAUAUUUACCUGAGUUAUUUUUGAAAACCAUUAUGCAGCCGUCUAUCAAGCUGUCAGCCUUUCUUGUUCACGUACUCACCUCCAUCGAAUGACUGUGUACAUGAGAUAUUUUAUUAUCACUUUUUUUUUUUAUCCCACUCCACUUUACAUUGCACACUUCUUUUUUGUCAAAUAGCAUCCAGAUAGUGUCUCCUCCAGUAGUACUGUGUGCUGCUUUGUCUCGUUGACGGAUCUAGUCAUUUCAAAUUUAGCCUGUAAAUGAUGAUAAUUAAAGGAAUUCAUUUAAGCCCUUUGUCCUCCACUGAUGAGAAAUAAUAUUGACGAUGUAUUUCAAGUAAUGUCACAAACCAUGGAAAGCGAUGCUGUGAUAAAAGACAGCUGAUAUCUUGUUUAUCGCCGCUGGUUUGUUUCUACUCCUUGUUAUAUAAAAGAGGGGGGAAAAAAAUGCUGAAUUUUCAAGCGAUUAUUGACCUUAAAAUUGAUCUGCAAUUGAAAUGGUAAAUGCACGGUGGUAUUGUUUAUAGCGAAUGGUCUCUGGUCACACCACGGUCACAUGUUGCAAAUACUUCAUUGAGUUUCUCACCUCUGAGUCUGAUUUUGUAUGUCUGAAUAAUGCAGAAGACGACGCUGCACCACUAGUUCCAGUGUGAUACUUCCCUCACUUUGCCAGUCCCCUCACCGCAAUUGAAAUGCUACCAGGCACAUCCUGCCAGUCUCUUCUGUUUGAUUUUAUGACCUCCUCCCGCCCCACCUCACCCCGCCCCGCCCCGCCCCACCUGACCCCACCCUCGCUUGAAAUGUUUGAACACCUCUCCUCUGCAUGUCCUUGUGGUCAAGGUUAGAUGGGUGCAUGGUUUAAAAAAAAAAAAAAAAAAAGAAAAAAUUAAAAAAAGCAGCAGACAAUUCUUUUUUCCAGUCAGUGAAAGUGUAUUUCAUUUAACAUUCAGCAAUAAAAGAGAACCUUUCCCCCAUGUCAUUCCUGAAAUAUGCUAGAAAAAAAAGAAAAAAGAAAAAA